AUGUCUGGUCGUGGUAAAGGCAAAGCUAAGGGCACUAAGUCCAAGACCCGCUCAUCCCGUGCAGGGCUUCAGUUCCCCGUCGGUCGUAUCCACCGUCAUCUGCGCAAGGGCAACUACGCCGAGCGUGUUGGUGCUGGCGCUCCGGUUUACAUGGCCGCCGUGCUCGAGUACCUGAGCGCUGAGAUCCUCGAGUUGGCCGGCAACGCUGCCCGCGACAACAAGAAGACCAGGAUCAUCCCCCGUCACUUGCAGUUGGCUGUCAGGAACGACGAGGAGUUGAACAGGCUGCUCCACGGUGUCACAAUCGCUCAGGGUGGUGUGCUGCCCAACAUCCAGGCCGUGCUUCUGCCCAAGAAGACCGAGAAGAAGGCCAAGGCAUAAGCAGUUUCUGCUGCAAAAAUAACAACGGCUCUUUUAGGAGCCACCACAUGACACAAGAGUCAUGACUGCAUCAUGCAAUCAACCCCUUUCUGUAUAAAACUUCUUUGCAAUCAUAUGAUAAUUGUUCUUCUUUAGCGCAUAGACCUUUUCCCGCCAUUUUCUCUCCAGGUAGAAUGCAAUGUUCUUAGAAUUAGAUAAAUAUCUUACCAAGAAAAAAGCGCGCAAAUCAAUCAAACUAAUGUCACGUAAAAAUCUAUCUAGAGUCUACUUUCUGUCCGUGUAUGAUGUCGUGUUAAUUAUUAGAUAUGUAAUGAGUAUCUUACCAAGUCUUAAAAAGAAGAGCGCGAAU